AUGACAGCGCCACCUCCUGAACUUGUACAGCUUCCACCUGGGUCGAUGGUAGAGAGAUGGACUAUCACAAAGAAGUUGGGUGAAGGUGGCUGUGGAGCGGUUUAUUUGUGUACUGACGCGACAGGAAAGUACGCGUUGAAAGUCGAAGGGAUCUCGGAACAAAUGCAAGUUCUGAAGAUGGAAGUUUUGGUCCUUGGCGAGCUGACAAAAAGAGGAAGUCGUCACUUUUGUAAGAUUGAAGACAAGGGAAGAUAUGGAAGUUUUAAUUACGUCGUCAUGACUCUUGUCGGGAAAUCCUUGCAAGAUCUUCGUAAAGGAACCCCACAACAAUCUUUGAGUGUAGCUUGCUCUUUGAGUUGUGGAAUUCAAGCUCUUGAGGCUCUCGAAGAUCUUCAUAAUAUUGGAUACUUGCAUCGUGACGUGAAACCUGGAAACUACACAAUCGGUCGCGCUGAGUUGAACGAACUUCGCAAAGUUUACAUUCUCGACUUUGGAAUGGCUCGCAAGUUCACUGACAACAAUGGAGUCAUUCGCAAACCAAGAGCUGCUGCUGGAUUCCGUGGAACAGUUCGCUAUGCUCCAAUCGCUUGUCAUAAGAAUCAAGAACUCGGAAGAAAAGAUGAUGUGGAAGUAUGGUUGUACAUGCAGGUUGAACUGACAGUUGGGCGAGUUCCAUGGAAGGAAAUCACUGAUAUGAAUGCGGUUGGACAGGCUAAACAGGCCAUUCGUAACACUCCUGAAAAGAUGUUCCUUCCUCCUUGUCCAAUGAAUGAGUUGAAAGAGAUCAUGAAAAUGGUUGAUAGCUGGGACUACUUUGCUGAUCCGAACUACUCUGAAUGUUAUAGACUGAUGAAACAAGCCUUGGCAAAUUGCGGAAAACCCGAAUUCCCGUACGAUUGGGAGCCAGGAAUGCCACUCAACUACAUGGUAAAAUAA